AUGGAAAACAUACGAGUUGUAGUACGUGUUCGUCCCUUUUUGCCCAAUGAAGGGUCAAGUCGCUGUUUGACGGUGCGUGGUCAUCAGGUUGUUAUUGGUGACGAGCGUCAGUUUGCCUUUGAUGAAGUCUUUGACAUGGACACAAUGUCGCAUACGGUAAAUGACGCUGUUGCCAUGCCACUUGUGUCUGCUUUUGUGAAUGGCUACACGGUUUCCACCAUUGCUUAUGGACAGACAGGUGCAGGAAAGACAUUUACUAUGUCCUCCCUGUCGUCCGAUGUUGUGCGCCGCAUAUCGGCUGCCUUGAAGGCGGAUGUCACUGCGGAGGGCGGAGAAAAACCGGAGUUUCGCGUCUCAGCGGUUGAGUUAUAUAAUGAAAACAUCUGUGAUCUCUUUGCAUCGACAAUAUCCUCAUCCUCAUCGAUAGCAAUGGCGUCGGUCGCAUCGCUAUCGCUGCGUGAAGACCCGCGGUGUGGGGUGUACAUUCAGGGCCUCUCCGAGGUGGCGGUGGAGAGCGAGGAGGAACUGCUCGCGUGGGUGGAGAACUCAUCCGCCAACCGUCGCACAGCCUCCACGAUGCUGAACGCCACAAGUUCCCGCUCACACGCUUUACUCACAAUUACCCUCACACACAAUGGGGUGGUCUCACGUUUUGGUUUGGUAGACUUGGCGGGAAGUGAGCGCUUCAAGAAGACAUAUGGUCGUCAGCGUAGGACGGGAUCUUUGGAGGAGUUUGGGAACGAAUCAAACUGUAUGUCAACCAACGAUAAGGCGAAGGGGAUUGAAGUGGCUUCACGAAUACGCGAAGGCAUCAGUAUCAACACGGGGCUUCUCGCAUUGGGAAAUGUAAUUGUGGCCCUUUGCGAGCGGAAGGCAUAUGUCCCGUACCGCACCUCGAAACUUACCCGUCUCUUACAGCCCAUGUUGAGUGGGAACUCUAAAACAACAAUCAUUGCCUGUGUUUCACCGGAUGUAUCUUCUUUUGAAGAGACAUUGAAUACACUGAAGUACGCGGAUCGCGCCAAGGCCAUUCGCACCACUCCUUUUCAAGUGGCCUCUGGUUUUUCUUCAUUAGAGGAGGCUGAGAGAACAAUUUUGAGUCUUCGGCGGCAGCUGGGAAUGGCACAACAGCAGUUGAGAGAGGAACAACUCCCCAUCAUGUACUCAUUUCCCGUGGUUGAUGAGACUCAACUGGAGGAAUUGCAGGAUUUGCUUACACGUGAGCGUAACUUGACGCGACGGCUUCAAGAGGACCUCUUUAACGCAGAGUACACUGCAAUGAUGGAAGUUGAAAAACGUAAACAGAUUGAAAAGCGUUUGUUGACUCUUGAAGCCCAACAACGGUGUCGCCUUUCCCAGUCCAUAGAAACAGAUAACACACAGCUUUUAGAUGCUAAUUUGGGAGAGGAUGGAGCAGGGCACACGUCAUCCUUGGCUCAAAACCCGGCCGAGCACGACGAACCGCAGGUGCCGAAGGCAGAAGAGGCGGUGGAUGCAGAGCGGCUUUCUAUUUCUCCUGAGAUCAUAUCGGUGUCGAGGAACAACAUCGAUGAGUCGAAGCUGGAAAAUCUCUCUCGUGAGAUUCAGUCGAAGGAGCGGUUGAUUCAUCAACUGACAAAUCAGAACGAAGAUGCCGUGCGGGAGUUGGAGUACGCCAAGCGUCGACAGCAAGAGAUGCAGGACGUCAAGCGUCAUUUGGAAGAGGAAUUGGCACGUGCGGAGGCAAAACUGGAGGCAACGGAGAUGCAACGUCAGGGGAAGGAAGAGGAGCGGCAAAAGUUGCAGACGCACUACCAAGUGCGGUUGCGCAAGGCUGAAGAGGAGGCGGCGGAAUACCGACGGAAGGUGCAGGAGGCAACGACAAUUAUCAGCGGACGAGAAGCCAAUGCGGAGAUGAUGAAACAACUGCAAUCACAGGUGGUGGAGAUGAGUGACGAGCUCAACCGUCAGCGUCAUGCCUUGCGGGAGGGUCAACAGCGUUUACAUAAGGUGUCUGCUUCCCACUCGCAGGAGGUAAACCAGCUACAGAAGAAAUUGCGGGAUUCUGAGGCGCAGGUGGCGCGACUACAAGUGCAGCUUCAGAGGAAGGAACGGGAGAUAGCACGCGUCAAAAAGGGUGGGGCAGUUGUUGCAAAUCGCCGGCAACAAACACCAACAAAAACAACAACACAGCAGGCACAUGCAUCAAAUACGCCAUCCGUGUGCUUGUCAGAGGAUCUUCAGAAGGAAAUUGAUGUAGAAUUAAUAUCACUGAUUAAUUUGGAGAAGGAACUGGACGAGCUCACGGCAGAUCGGGAUGAAUUAAGGGAUUCUGUAAGAGAAGCACAAGAGCGUGCAGGUGGAAUGACGAAAUGGAAGGAUGCUAUGAAAGGAUUUAUGAUGCGAUUGCAACAACUGGAAAGGAACCUUCAUUCCGAGGCACUAAAUGAAGAAAUUCGGUUGGAGUAUAGUCGUGAAAAGGCGAGUAUUGAAGAGAAGCUGCGGCAAUUAGAGCUACUUGAACCUGUACUUGCGCAGGCGUCAAAACAAUUGGAAGAGAUGGAUAACAAUAUUGAUAGUUUACAAGAGGCACGCAAGUAUCAUUUACGACGGGUACGUCAGAUGCAAAAUGGAACAUUGACACCUGUUAAUCCAACUGUUAGAGCAUCUGAACUGCUGCGACGCGGGGUUGCUAAUCAUACGGAAGUGGUUUAG